AUGAGCAACCGCUACACGGAUGUUGAUACAUCUAGUAAAAGUUUACCACCUGCCUACGGUUAUUUAUCAACAGAAUUAAAACCAUUACAUAUUGCUUGUGAACCGUUACUUAAAUUAAUACCUAAUUUAGAACGGUAUGUUAAAAUAGCUAAACAAUAUUGUCCCAAACAAUGUCCCAUAGGCACAACAAUCACGCAUGAUGAAAUUGCCGCAAUUUAUUUAUAUACAAUGGAAAUGAACGAUCAAAGUUUUUAUCGUUAUUUAAAUCGAACAUUACGCAGUGAGGAUCGUGCGCAAUUGAUUCCCUAUUUUGGAUAUUUAAAGUUAUUAGAUACAGCUUUGAAUAAAUUACCAUCAGUAAAACAAACUCUAUGGCGUGGUGUGGCUAACGAUGUUAGUCAGUCGUAUAAAAAAGGUAAAGAAAUUAUUUGGUGGUCAGUGAAUUCAUGUUCAUCAGACCUUGCUAUGAUUAAAAAAUUUAUUGGUGAUCAUAAUUCAACGUUGUUUUCAAUUGAUUGUAAAAAUGGGAAGUUAGUGUCAUGCUAUUCAGCUUUUCCAAUUGAAAAUGAAAUUAUUCUUAUGCCUGGUACAUGCUUACAAGUUGAGAGUGAUGCUUUACAUCAUCAAGGUGGUUUAUGUGUUGUGCAUUUAAAAGAAACAGGUGAAGACAAUAAUAAUCAUACAUCAUCACCAAUUGUUGAUUGGAACAAAAAUCGUAAAACACCGAAAGAAUCUUCACCUAUCACACAAAACCAUGACAAAACCAGUGUCGCUAAUAGACCAAUACAAGUAGUCAAUGUUACAGAUUUUGAUAUGGGUGAUGACGAUAAUAUUGGUUUCACAUUUCCUACGAAUAAAAUGUUACCAGAUAUUUGUCGUUUUCCUGGGAUGACAAUUUCACAGAAUUCUGGUAUAACAUCUUAUGGUGAUGAUGUCGGUGGAAAUACAUUUCCUUUUUUUGAUCAUAAUCCACAUGGAAUGAUGCUAAAUGGUUUACGGUUUAGUGGUAAUAAUGUUGGUGGUUCUGUUAGUAACAGUAGUAUCAGAGAUUGGACUAACAGUGAUGGUACAACUGGUACGACUCGUAUGACAACAUUUCCUAAUGGUUAUCAUUACAGUUCACAUUACAGUUCGCAUGACAAGAAAAGGUUUUAA